GAUACAUAUUUCAAAGUGAUCGGUCCGGAAACCGGUGUGUUUGCGGUCGCGGUAAAGAACUUCAACGUGAAUUCGUCUUAACGAAUACACUGAAAACCUCUUAACUAGGAAGUGAAUUCAACUCCACUCCGUAUAAGGUGCUUGGAACUUGCAGGUCGCAGCCCGGAUGAGUUGAAACGAAAUAGUUUUAAUACACGAAUAAAUUCGAACUUUAUACAUUGCUAGUCAUAUCAGUGACUUGUAAACAUUCAGAAGUGAUAUUGUGCUGAUAAUAUACAAAUAAACAUAAUAAUCGGUUCUGUGCGUGUUGUGUAAACUUUAGAAUCGGAGUGUCGGUAGAGAUGGUGAAGUGAGCGCGGCGAGAUGGUGCCGUGUGUGGUAGCGCUAUUGCUCGCCCAGGCCCUGCUGUCGCAAGCUCUGGAUAUAUCUCAAUGUAUUGCGCCGCUCGGAAUAGAGAGUGGGCUGAUACCCGACCGAGAUCUUACAGCCAGCUCGUCCUUCAACGAUGGCAACGUUGGACCGCAGAACGGACGAUUGAAUCAAGAAAUAAAGGGGGGCGCAUGGUGUCCUAAGUCUCAAAUCACCACUGAAUCGACCGAGUGGCUGGAGGUAGAUCUUCACUCCGUUCACGUGAUCACAGGGGCCGGUACCCAGGGCAGAUUUGGCAACGGUCAAGGUGCGGAGUACGCGGAGGCUUACGUCCUGGAGUACUGGCGACCGAAGCUCGGCAAGUGGGUGCGAUACCGCGCUGCUGAUGGCCAAGAGAUUCUAUCCGGAAAUACGAACACGUACUUGGAGAAGAAAAAUCACCUCGAACCACCGAUAUGGGCGUCGAAGAUACGCUUCAUACCCUACAGCUCACACCGGCGCACCGUUUGCAUGAGGGUCGAGCUAUACGGCUGUUAUUGGAGCGUUGGCAUCGUUUCUUAUUCAAUGCCGAAAGGCGACAAGAGGAGCAACGGUGUCGAGCUGACCGACAUGAUAUACGACGGGCAGUGGGGUGACGAGUUAAGAGGUGGGCUGGGACAGCUCGUCGACGGGCAGUUCGGUGGUGACGAGAUACGGGAGGCGGCCAAGACCUCUGCCUGGGUGGGGUGGCGUAACGACUCGAGGCCGAACCCCCCGGUCAUCGUAUUCGAAUUCGACAAAGUGAGGGAGUUCAGCGCAGUGCACUUGUACAGCAACAAUAAGUUCAUGAGAGAUGUACAGGUGUUCUCCGAGGCUGUUAUAUCGUUUUCCAUCGGAGGCCGACAUUUUCAAGACGAGCCGAUUCGCUACACGACGAAUGAGGACAAUAUUUUCGAAAGUUCUCGAAACGUCAGCAUUAAGCUCCACCACCGCAUCGGGAAGUGGGUGCGGAUCGAGCUCCAUUUCUCGGCGCGUUGGAUCCUCAUCAGUGAGGUGCUGUUCGACUCAGAUGUCGCUCAAGGCAACUACACCCCAGAGAUCCUCAAAACCACCGGCGUGAAGGACAAAACGAAAGCCCCGCCCACAAAGGACUUGCCAAUAUCCACAGCGCACCAAGAAGACCCGCUGUACAUGGCUAUAGUGGUAGGAGUCUUAACCGCGCUCGUGAUACUCCUGGCCGUCGCAGUCUUUCUUAUAAUUCAUCGACAUAGACAUAGGAAAUGUUUCGCUUCCCCGUUAGCGAAAACUACGAUAGCGCAGAAGAGAACAGUAGCAGACAACUAUAACCCUUGCGGUACAUCCAUGCUGCCCGACAAUAAGAUUAUAAUCGACUGCCCGCUGGACGUCAAGUCCGACGAAUACCAAGAGCCGUAUCAGGCCCUGAAGUGCGCUCCGUAUUUCAGUUACAGUACAGUCUUGCUCGAGAUGAAGGAUUUCGUUAAGGACUCCAAUACUGCUUUAUCAGACAGCUCCAACUACGACUACGCUGUACCUGAACUGAGUUCGGCCCCUCUCCUCACUAAACGGAGACUAGCAGACAGUCUCUCCGACCGUGCCACCGAGCUCGUCGGCGACCAUAUGGAGACCCUCGACCUCGACACCAGGCGGUCAGCAGCCGGCUCGAUCCGCUCUAAACACAGCACAAGGUCUCCCAGCCAACAAGAGGUGCUGAUCGAUCUGAAGCGUCGCUUGGACAACACCAACGUCAUCGAGUUCCCGAGACACCGACUCCGCAUGAUCUCGAAGCUGGCUGAGGGUGCAUUCGGCACUGUAUAUGUAGCGGAAGCAGAUGGCGUGCCGGAGUAUAACGGUACCAUCACCUCGGAGAAGCGACUGGUGGCAGUCAAGUUCCUCUGCCACGACGCUUCCGCCAAGGAGAGGUAUAUCAUGGAGGAUUUUGAGAGAGAUGUACGCAUUCUCGCUGCGCUUUCAUCGCCUCACCUCGCGAGAGUGUUGGGCGCAUGUCGAUCCCCACCACUGGCUGUCGUCCUCGAGUACUUGGAACUGGGUGAUUUGUGCGCGUUCCUCCGCACGUCUCCCCCCGGCAGCGUGAGCACGGGCACGCUGCUGCACGUCGCGACGCAGAUCUCGGCGGGCAUGCACUACCUGGAGUCACUCAAUUUUGUUCAUCGGGACCUCGCCACUAGGAAUUGCCUGAUCGGGAAGGGUUAUCAGAUAAAAAUAAGCGAUUUCGGCACCGACAACGAGGCUUACUCGUGCGACUACUACAAGGUAGACGGUAGGAUCCCGUUACCCCUGCGGUGGGCGGCGUGGGAGUCUGUGCUCAGGGGAAAGUAUACCACCAAGAGCGACGUGUGGGCUUUCGCGGUUACCCUGCACGAGAUAUUCACGAUCUGCAGGAGGCGCCCCUACGAACAUCUUACGGAGGCUGAGGUACUGGAGAACCUUUCUCACCUCCAAGCUGACGACGGCCUCUUCGAAUGCAUAGACCGCUGUCCCGGCCUGCCCCGAGACAUCUACGAGCUCAUGUGUGAAUGUUGGAGACGAGAUGAACUGGAGAGACCGACCUUCGCCGAGAUACAUCUGUUCUUACAGAGAAAAGGCCUCGGAUACGCGACCUCGUGACUGGCGGUCCCCCCGGGGUAUCUUUGGACUUAACCGGCUAGCGGUGGGUGCGGUUGUUGCGAUUGAUUCUCUUACCAGUCUGAUUUUAUUUACUCCCACACUAUUAAAGCGUAACAGCAAAAUCAAAUAACGAAUCGACUGAGUUUCUAAGCAAGUUCAUACCGAAGCCAACGUAUUGAACAUACACUGAACUGCGUCUCCGCAAAGGGAAAUUAGCAAUUUUUGUGGUGUCACCACUAAACUAUAUUUAUAGUUAUGUAAUUGUUGAUAAAUUCUUGGUGAAUUACAAUACGUUGCGUAAAUAGAAAUUGUCAACGAUUUUAAUGGAAACGCAUUAUUCGUUCAUAGAAGAUCGGUAAAUAAAGUUUCUUUUGUAAUUAUAUAGACCGCGUGAGGUAACUGUACGCUUUAAUGUUGGGGAAGUGUCGAGUCCCUCUUCCCGAGCUGAGAUACCGGAUUAUGUAUUGAUAAGUUCAUUGUAUGUAUCGCUUUACUUUAUAUCGGCAACCAAUAUGUUAUAACAUAUAAAAAUAUAUCGUGUUAAAUUAAAUUAUUUAAUAUUAUGUUUUAGAUAGUUAUUAAUUUACAUUUUAUUUGGAAAUAUUGCGUUCGCAAAUAAAUCCAUUUAUAUUUAUAUGUCAAGUAUAAACAUCGAAUGAUAAUAGGAGUAACUGAACACAUCUGGACGUUUUGUAUUGGAUCGACGAAGCUGAAAUUAUUGUACGAUUGAGAUAUCUCGUUUGCAAGACUACCGAAAGACUGAAAAUGUGUUAAAUUACUCUGAUCUUUAAUCAGUUUAGACUAAAAUAAAAGCCUGCAGAUGUGUUUAUCGUUGAGAGGUUAUUAUUUGUGAAAACCGGCGUCUUGGCUUACGGUGACCAGGAGGUAUUCCAGGAUACCGUAUUAGAUAAGUUUGAUAUUUUAUCGACUUUCAGUAUUCGUUACUCACUUCACUAUCAACUGUUUUAUAUGUAACUUAUAUUUAUAGUUUUUUUUUAAAUAUAUAAACUAUCGAUUAUAUUUGAGUAAUUUCAUAAAUUUACUUUAGCUUGAAAUGCAUAAGCGAAAUUUUGAGGUGCGGCCGUCGAUACUUAGGCCUAAUAAUUGACUUUAAAUAAUAAAAUAUUUAUAUAUAUAUUAUACACUUGGACCAUCGCUUAUAUCGCCUAAAGAUUUUUUAUCUGUUAACAUUGAGGUUUCCGUUACAGAGAGAAACAUGUACUUAAUAAUUUAAAGGUUCAUUAAAAGCUUUAAUCCAUCUUAAAAUACAACGAAAUUUUUAAAAACAAUAAUUUUAAGUAUUUUUAGUAUUAUAAAAAAAAAAAUAUUUCGUGCCAUAUACGAUAUUACUGAAAUUGUUUACAGCGUACAUUAUAGUUAGUUAAUUUUAAAUCUAGUUACAUUGGAAUCAAAGAAUAUUUAUUGUAGAGAAAGUAGAUCCCGUUUCGAAACGACCGCACCUCGGCUGGACGUCGACAAUGACGUAUAUAUAACUAGUUCUUCACCUCGAGAGCUACCUCGUAAGCUUUUAGAUAAUUUCGACUGAUUAUCGUACGAUAACGAUCAUUAUUGUACUUAAUAAAUAAAAUGACUCACUCUUCGGCCUCAGCGCGGCCUUCCGUGUCGUGGUUCGUACGAUAUCAAGAGUAUAUAUUUAUGAUGAUCUAUUAAUUUCUGACUGAAAAUUCCAAAUAUCGUUUUAUUAAUGAACGCUCGUUUCAUACAUCUAUCUCUCUCUCUCAAGCGAUGUACGACAGAGACGUUUAUUAAUAUAACGAUAAUAGUUUUAGGACGUUUUUAAAGUGAAGUUUAAUUAGCUGACCACAUGGCAGCUAGAUUUGGACUUUACGCUGCAGGAUUUAAGAGGCUUCUUACUUAUGUUGUUGUUAGUGUAACGGCACGUAUUUUUCAAUUUAUGAGCUUAAUAGCUGUCGUAGGUCGUGUCGAGUGUUGCCAAUAUGUAUACAGUCGAUAAAUAGUUCGUAUUGUUAUCUGUUCGCUUGACGUGUAACAUGGAUUUGGAGGAUGGAUUUUUUAAAUUUAACCCCAAUAUAUAAAAUAAUAUAGUAGUCGAAGGAAAAACUAUCAUAAUGACUUAGAACACGUAUUGAUGACUAAUUAACAUAUUUACAAUAUUAUAUAACAAUUACUAUUAAAGCGUUAGGUACAAAAUGGUGUCGAUAGAGACACGAGUGCAUAUGUUUAAUACAUGUUACACGUUCAUCCCCUCUGCGGCGUAACUCACGAGUGAGCGCUUAACAGACACUAGAGACAAUCACUCCUUUCACCCCUUGAGCAUAGACAACUUCGACUUGGAAUGUUACCGACCUAGAUAGUCAUUUAUUUUCAUACAACACCUAUAUUACCUACAAUAAAAACAGUGAUCUUAUAUUUGUGUAUAUGUAAGUUUAUAUAGUUUCAUUUUAAAGUCGAUACAAUGAAUUAUUUAAAUUAAAAAAAAAAAAAGAAUUAUAAAUAAAUAGAUGUAUUAUAUACACUAUAGUUAUGUCUAUUUUCCGUAGUCCGCUGGUUCCGAGUUAGUGUUGACAGUUAACGACAAUAUAUCGGUUAGAUAGAUCUUUUUAUUCGAUAAAUCGUAUCGCGUUCGGAUAAUCGUGGUAAUCGACACGACAAUCCGAUCGCCCUAUUAGUGUAUCACUAGGUGUUACGUUCCCGUGGACCGAACCGAUGGCUUAAUGUUAGGAGCCUAUAUAUUUAGCACUUUAAUAUUAGGUAGUAUAAGAGCGUCUUUAGUUUGCAAUGUAGACAUGUUUGAACUUGUACACAGACGGAACCAAUGUAAUAGGCUAAUGUGUAUUCUUAUCGAAUAAGCGCUGAGACCGCGCCGACUCAUUCUCUGUUCUUGUCACUCGUAUUGAUCCCCGUUAAGGUGGACGAAGACAGAGUGUGAGUGGCGCAUAGAAGCGUUUAGAAGUAAGACAAGAGAUCUAUGUAAUUUUUAAGUAUAUAGAAAACUAUAAGACUUUUACUUUACGAAUCUGGCCUUACUUUCUCGUUACUGUCUAGCUUGUAGACAAUAGAUAGCGUAGUUAUAUUUACCCUCCCCCCCUUCCCCGCUCCCCCCACCUUCCCACUCUAUAGUGCCGCGUAUCUUUAGGUAAUUAAAUUAGUCACUAAUAACAAUGUACAAUAAUAAACACCCUCUCUGCCUUAGUGUGCGAUUUUUAUCCCUAAAGCGAAUAUCACGUUAGAUGUUUUAUGAAUUGUAAAUACGAAUACGGCUAAUGUAAAAAAAUAUUCAGCACUAUGGAAAUCUUAAAUUCCUAACAAUGGUCCAAACUUCAUUCGCUUUUUUAUUUGUACUAUACGAUUAUACAAUUUCUAUUUAGAUAAAUAAAUAAUAAUUAGGUCUAUAGAUAUGUCUUACGCUUUAAUUUUAUUUUAUAGUGUAAAACGUGUAUUUGAUGAAAUGCUUAAUUUUCAUAAUCAAAGUUUUAUGGAGGUUGAUACCAAAUGCAGUAUUUUUAUUUUAUACUCUACAUCUUUGUACCCAAAUAAAAGCAAUAUUCUAACUUA